UCUACCGCGAAUAGCUUCAUACCGACCGACACUUUGCCGUCGUCCUCACACGAUAAGCACUCGCACGCUGGAACACCGCAAUCAGUAUCCGGUAAACUGUGCAGAAACUAUCGCGGAUUUACGCCGAAGAAAUUCACAAAAGCCGACAAGAUGACUCUCGUACAACCCACCGUCGAAAUGCAACAGCACAUCCGCACCGAGCUAAAUGAAGACGUGUCGACCAGAGAAAAGGACCUGGAACAUAUCAAGGAAUGGUUGCGUCUGCAACCGCACUUGCCACAAUUUCAAGACGAUGCCCGCAUCAUGACAUUCCUCCGAGGAUGCAAGUUCUCUCUGGAAAAGACCAAGAGGAAGUUGGACAUGUACUUUACAAUGAGAGCAGCCGUACCGGAGUUCUUCAGUAACCGAGACCCGACGUUACCGGAAAUCAAAGAAGUGAUGAGAGUCGCAAAUGUACCGCCACUUCCGGGUUUGACGCCAAAUGGACGCCGUGUGGUCAUGAUGAGCGGUGUUGAUUUGGAACAAAUGGCUGCGACCGUGGCUGAAGGUAUGAAAGUAGUGUUGAUGAUCGGUGACAUACGAUUAAAGGAGGAAAAUGUUGGCGUGGCUGGAGAUGUGUACAUUUUGGACGCUAGCGUGGCCACACCACAAAACUUUGCUAAUCAUUUUGCUAAGUUUACUCCAUCUUUGAUCAAAAAAUUCCUCAUCUGUGUACAGGAAGCAUAUCCAGUUAAAUUAAAAGAAGUGCACGUUAUAAACGUUUCACCACUUGUUGAUACAAUCAUCAACUUUGUAAAACCAUUCCUCAAAGAGAAAAUACGUAACAGGAUCCACGUACAUUCCUCAUUAGACUCAUUGAACGAAUUUGUACCAAGGGACAUGCUUCCAGAAGAAUAUGGAGGAAAAGCUGGACCAAUGGCUGAAAUUAACCGUCAAUGGUACGAAAAAAUGGUGACUUACAAGGAUUGGUUCAAGGAACAAGAAAAAAUCAAAGCCGACGAGUCCCGACGUCCUGGAAAGCCGAAGACACACGAUGAUUUAUUUGGGAUGGAAGGUUCCUUCAAACAACUUUCUAUCGAUUGAAUGCAUCAGUAUUGUUCUUGAAAAAUAAAUCUCAUACGAUUUACAUGUUUUUAUAUUCUUUAUUAAUGUGAACACUUCAAAAACUGGGUGGUAGCAUAGACAUUUUUUUUUUUUUAAUAUGGAUUUCACAUAAUUUGGACUAUAUUUAAUGCAAUUUCCUUGAAACCAAAGCAAUUAAAUAUUUUUUUUUUUUGUACGCAUUAUAGUAUAGAUUUUAAUUUUUUGAAACAAUCCUAUUAGUGAUUUUGUUUUUGUAAUAAAUGUUUAUUGCAGUAUAUGUUAAUGCAGAAUAAUGCACUUCUUGUCACAGUAUUAACGUCAGCAUAUAUUAAUUUUUAUUGUUAUUAUAUAAGAAUACCUAGUUUAUUUUUUAGUUAAUUGUUUUUUUUUUAUAUUCAGUUCCAAAUAAGAAAAAAUAUGUAACCAAGCUUUUUAUCAAUAUUUUAUACCUACAA